AUGCACGUCAGUACAGACGGUCAUGCGAUAAACGAGGCGGAGAAGGAGGUGAAAGAAAACGAAGAGGCGGCCUCACCGGAAGUGGUGUCGGUGGCUGACCUGAGAGUUUCUGAUGACAGUUGCCUGCGUGUUUCGCCUCCGUCUGAUGAUGUACUUGGUCCAGACGUUGAAGAUGAGACAGCGGCGAUCGCUGUCAGUAAAGGUGAGAGUGUACAAGUGAGUGAAGAACGUCAUGUGGAGGCAGAGGAGGAAGACGGAGAAAUAGCUGCGUCUACGGAUGUGGCUGCUGCGACGGCGUCAGUGGCUGUACUGGAAGGUUCUGCUGCGAGCGUACACACCAGUGUCGCGGCGCAUGUAGAGGAGGAGACGGAAGAGACAACGCCCGAGGAUGUGGCUGCUGCCUCUUUGGUUUUUCCGCUGGAAGGUUCUGGUAAGUGCUUUGGCAGGCCGACUUACUUGCUGCUGUAG